AUGGGUGAUUGUGGCAACUGAUUGAAUCACCAUUUUGUUGGCUCACUGUGGCCAAGUGAAGUUCAUGGCUUUUUUCUGGUUGUGAUCAAUGUGGUUUAAUGGUUGAUCCGCUCAAACUAUUUUGGGUGAUAACCAACAGCACGUACCUUGUGACGAAAUUCAUUCGGAUUGGAAUCGCUGACAAAAACGAUAAUCCACCGUACUUUGACAAGAGCCUCUACGAGGCUGAGGUAGAUGAAAAUGAAGAUAUUCAACACACUGUACUCACUGUCACCGCCAAGGAUCACGACGAAUCCUCGCGUAUUCGAUAUGAGAUUACAAGCGGUAACCUAGGUGGUGCAUUCGCGGUGAAGAACAUGACUGGGGCAAUUUAUGUUGCGGGUGCACUGGAUUACGAAACGAGGAAGCGGUACGAGCUCAAGUUAACUGCGUCAGACAACCUCAAGGAGAAUUACACAACUGUCGUUAUUCAUGUUAAAGAUGUUAAUGAUAAUCCACCAGUGUUUGAACGCCCAACUUAUAGAACGCAAAUCACUGAAGAGGAUGAUAGAACUUUACCGAAACGAGUUCUUCAGGUACUGGCGACCGACGGUGAUAAGGACAGGCCCCAGAAUAUUGUUUACUUCUUGACCGGUCAGGGGAUUGAUCCCAACAAUCCGGCAAACAGCAAGUUCGAUAUAAAUCGUACAACUGGGGAAAUUUAUGUUUUGAAGCCACUGGACAGAGAUCAACCCAAUGGCAGACCCCAGUGGCGAUUUACGGUGUUUGCUCAAGAUGAGGGUGGUGAGGGUCUCGUUGGCUAUGCUGAUGUUCAAGUAAAUCUCAAGGACAUCAAUGAUAAUGCACCUGUCUUCCCGCAGGGUGUUUAUCACGGCAAUGUCACGGAAAAUGGCACAUCAGGAAUGCUGGUAAUGACGAUGACUGCCAUCGACUACGACGAUCCAAGCGAGGGAACAAAUGCCAAGCUAAUUUAUUCAAUCGAGAAGAACGUAAUUGAAGAGGAGACAGGCACUCCAAUCUUUGAAAUUGAGCAAGAAACAGGUGUCAUAAAAACAGCAGUCUGUUGUCUUGAUAGAGAGCGAACGCCAGACUAUUCGAUACAAAUAGUCGCGGUGGAUGGUGGCUCGUUAAAGGGUACGGGUACUGCAUCGAUACGAGUAAAAGAUAUAAAUGACAUGCCACCACAAUUCACCAAGGACGAGUGGUUCACAGAAGUGGAUGAAACAGAGGGAACGACUCUACCGGAAAUGCCGAUUCUCACGGUGACGGUACACGACGACGAUGAGACCAACAAAUUCCAGUACAAGGUACUUGACAAUAGUGGAUUUGGAGCAGACAAGUUCACUAUGGUAAGAAACAAUGAUGGCACUGGCUCGUUGAAAAUCGUACAGCCAUUAGACUUUGAGGAUCAACUCCAGAGUAAUGGAUUUCGAUUCAGAAUUCAAGUGAACGAUAAGGGUGAGGACAAUGAUAAUGACAAGUACCAUGUGGCCUACUCGUGGGUUGUCGUUAAGUUGAGGGACAUUAAUGACAAUCAGCCACAAUUUGAAAAAGCGAACAUUGAAACAACUGUACUCGAAGACGCUAGUGUUGGUAAUAGUUUAGAAACAUUUAGAGCCACUGAUCCGGAUCAGGGUGGCAAGAGCAAAGUAUCUUACGCUAUAGACCGCAGCUCAGACCGCAAACGACAGUUUCACAUCAACGAAAAUGGCACAGUCACUAUCCAACGAAGUCUCGACCGCGAGGAAACACCAAGGCAUCAAGUAAAAAUUCUCGCAAUCGACGACGGAAUUCCGCCGAAAACAGCCACUGCAACGUUAACUGUCAUUGUACAAGAUAUAAACGAUAAUCCACCCACAUUCCUGAAGGAUUACAGACCAGUUCUACCUGAAUUUGCAACGCCGAGGAGAGUAGUUGAAAUUUUGGCAACAGACAAUGACGACAGGUCAAGAAGCAAUGGUCCAUCAUUUACAUUCCGCAUGGAUCCCAAUGCCGACGACAUAAUCAGAGCAAGUUUCAAAGUUGAGAGUGAUAACAAAGGAGCUAAUGGAGAUGGAAUGGCCAUUGUGUCGUCCCUGAGGACUUUCGACAGAGAACAGCAGAAGGAAUAUUUAAUCCCUAUUAUUAUCAAAGACUCGGGCAGCCCACUGAUGGCUGGUACAAGUACUUUGACUGUUGUCAUUGGAGAUAUUAAUGACAACAAGAUGCAACCAGGCUCCAAAGACAUCUUUGUGUACAACUACGCGGGACAAUCACCAGAUACUGAAAUAGGUCGUGUUUAUGUUUUUGACCUGGAUGACUGGGAUUUGCCAGAUAAGAAAUUCUACUGGGAGGGUCUUGAACACGCCCAAUUCAAGCUUGACGAGGAUUCGGGGAUGAUUUCGAUGAAAUCGGGUACUCACGACGGCAAAUAUCACCUAAGAUUCAAAGUUUACGAUAGAAAGCACACCCAGACCGACGUACCAGCUAAUGUAACAGUAACAGUAAAAACAAUACCCCACGAUGCUGUACUUAACUCCGGCUCAAUUCGUAUAGCUGGAAUAUCAGACGAGGAUUUCAUUCGCGUGUGGAAUUACAGAGAUUCCAAAGUGACGCGCAGCAAAGCUGAUCUGUUCCGAGACAAACUAGCUAAUUUAUUGGACAUUGAUAGGGACAAUGUUGAUGUGUUUAGUGUACAGAUGAGAAGAAAACAUCCACCAGUGACUGACAUAAGAUUCGCAGCUCACGGUUCACCGUAUUAUAAACCAGUGAGAUUAAACGGUAUUGUACUUAUGCAUCGCGAGGAAAUUGAGAAGGAUGUUGGAAUUAAUAUCACCAUGGUAGGAAUCGAUGAGUGUCUGUAUGAGAAUCAUAUGUGCCAAGGAAGUUGUACCAAUACCCUCGAUAUUAAUAAUUUACCGUACAUGGUAAAUGCUAAUAAGACUGCACUGGUUGGAGUUCGUGUUGAUGUGAUUGCACAGUGCACUUGCGGUGCAAGAAACUUUAGUACAACUGAGUCAUGUCGAACUACUCCCUGUUACAAUGGUGGUAGGUGCAUCGAGGGACGAUUUGGAUUAACGUGCCAAUGCCCAGCGGGUUAUAAUGGACCCAGAUGUCAACAGACUACCAGAAGUUUCAAAGGCACAGGGUGGGCUUGGUAUCCGGCCCUAGAGAUGUGUGACAAUAGCCAUCUUAGUUUUGAAUUUAUCACACGAAAACCCGACGGUUUGUUACUCUACAAUGGACCCAUUGUACCACCCGAGACUGAUGAAAUUAUGGUUUCUGAUUUUAUAUCCGUGGAGUUGGAUAGAGGUGUUCCCAGGCUGCUCAUUGAUUUUGGAUCGGGUACUUUGGAGCUCAAGGUGAAGACGAAGAGGCCAUUGGAUGAUGGGGAGUGGCAUCGAUUGGAUAUUUUCUGGACAACUGAGACAGUGAGACUCGUCGUCGACUUCUGCAAGUCCGCAGAGAUAACGGAAUUGGAAGAUGGAACACCACCCGCAUUCGAUGACAGCUCGUGUCAGGCAACUGGAACAGUACCUCCCUUCAACGAGUAUCUGAAUGUCAAUGCACCUCUGCAAAUAGGCGGAUGGUUUAUCGAGCAUUUCGACCAGCACCAGUUCAAGUGGAAAUCUAUGCCCAAUGGGAAGCUAUUCGAUGGUUGCAUAAGGAAUCUGUUUCACAAUAGUAAAUUAUACGAUCUGGCACAUCCGGGAUUGUCAAGGAAUAGUGUAGCCGGUUGCCCGCAGACUGAUGAGAUCUGCAAUAAUCAGGAAUCUACGUUCAGAUGCUGGGAGCAUGGCACGUGCGUUGGAAGCUUCACUGAGGCCAGGUGUCAGUGUAAUCCAGGCUGGACCGGCCCAAGCUGCAUGACAUCCACUAUUCCUACUACCUUCAAACAACAGAGUUACGUUAAAUAUGCGUUAUCCUUUGAACCCGACAAAUACUCCACGCAGAUCCAACUGAGAUUCAGGACUCGCGAGAGUCAGGGUGAACUCUUCAGAGUCAGCGAUCAGCACAAUAGGGAAUAUGCGAUUUUAGAGAUCAAAGGAAGUACGCUACAAUUCAGGUACAAUCUCAACAGUUUGAGAACCGAGGAGAGGGAUAUUUGGCUGAGUGCCAUUGCCAUUGAUGAUGGUCAAUGGCAUACCGUUAGAGUAUCGAGAUACGGUUCAGCAGCAACACUGGAAUUGGAUGGGGGUGAAGGCAGGAGAUUCAAUGAGACAUUCUCCUUUGAAGGCCAUCAAUGGCUUCUAGUCGAUAAGCAGGAGGGUGUUUACGCGGGUGGCAAAGCUGAAUACACUGGAGUGAGAACGUUUGAAGUUUAUGCUGAUUACCAAAAAGGAUGUUUGGACGAUAUCCGUCUCGAGGGAAAACACUUGCCGUUACCACCAGCAAUGAAUGGUACACAGUGGGGACAGGCAACAAUGGCAAGGAAUCUCGAGAGAAUGUGCCCAUCCAAUAAACCAUGUGCCAAUAUACUCUGUCCAGAUCCAUUCGAGUGUAUCGAUCUUUGGAACGAGCAUGCCUGCACGUGCGGGGAGGGAAGAAUACGGACACCCGACGGUAAAAGCUGUAUGGAUAAGAACGAGUGCAUUGAUUUUCCAUGUUUGAAUGGUGGCAGGUGCAUAAACCAAGAGCCACAUCUUCGGUACAAGUGCAUUUGCCCUGAAAGUUUCUGGGGUGAAAAUUGUGAGCUCGUGCAGGAGGGACAGACGUUGAAACUCAGCAUGGGAGCAUUGGCUGCCAUUUUAGUGUGUUUGCUCAUAAUUCUCGUUUUGGUGCUGAUUUUCGUGGUGUAUAAUAGGAGAAGAGAAUCUCACAUCAAGUAUCCAGGCCCGGAUGAUGAUGUGAGAGAAAACAUCAUCAAUUACGAUGAUGAGGGCGGUGGAGAGGACGAUAUGACGGCAUUCGAUAUAACACCUUUGCAAAUCCCUAUCGGCGGUCCCAUUCCUGAGAUGGGAGGCAAAAUGGCACCAUGUAAGGUGGCCUAUCCUCUGGGACCAGAGCCGAAUGUCGGAAUGUUCAUUGAGGAUCAUAAGAAGCGUGCUGACAGCGAUCCAAAUGCUCCACCCUUUGACGAUCUCCGAAAUUAUGCAUACGAAGGGGGUGGCAGUACUGCUGGUUCGCUGUCAUCGUUAGCAUCGGGUAAAAGUACUGACGACGAGCAGCACGAGUACGAGUAUCUGGGUGCAUGGGGGCCGAGGUUCGACAAACUAGCAGACAUGUACGGCCCAACUGAAGAGAGCGAGGAAGAAGAAUAAAAAAAUUCAAUUCAUCUCGUAGGUCUCAUUAACUAUAAAUAACGAAUGAUGAAAAAGCAAAUUGCAUCAUAAAUUCGUGGAAAGAAGAAAUCGAAAGAUUGCGAGAAAGUAUAGAAAAAGAUAACUACAUUGUAAGUGAAUGUAAGUUAAAAACUUUAGUCAUGCCCAGUAAGACGAGGAAAAACAAAAAGAAAUCGUCUUCUCCCAAAAAAAAACAGAAGAGCACGAACUUUGUAAUAAUUUUAAGCUCAUAAAAACAACAAAUAUUUAUUAAUUGCACCAAAAAACCUGAGAUGCAUGCAAAUACGUGUACUAUGCCCAAGAGUAUGUAAGACUUUUGUAUAAAUUCGGUUAUUUAUUUAUUCAACUUCAGAAAACGAUAAAAUAAUAAUUGUUAGAAUUUUUAAAAAUAAUUUGUUUUCUUAUUCAUUCGCCAUCAUUCAUCAAUCAUCAAAGCAUGUCGUAUCGUCCUACGUCUUUCGUCAACGACUCAAUGUUCGGUUUUUUUCUACCGAUAAGUUUUUUAAUUAAAUGAAAGAAAGAAAAAACUAACAAAACGAUGAAAAAAAAACUAAAAUAUUUUUAAGAAAAAUAACAAAACCACAUACCAAAGAACAAUCGCUGAUAAUGCGUUCAUCUUUUUUAUACGUAAUAGUUUAACGAAUGAAGGUCUCAAUUUUUUAACUCCACUAUUUAAUUUUUCUUUUCAAAGAAGAAAAAAAAACGCA